AUGUCCCUUCUUUUGCAGUAUAUAUAUGUAUCGAUCGUAACUAUGUUGAUUCCCAUACUCAGUUUACUUCUCUCACUGAAUUACAUACCAUGCAAAGCUCAGGUUUCUUCCACCUUUUACGAUGACACAUGCCCUAAUGCACUCAGCACUAUUAGAACUUCUAUUGGUGCUGCGGUGACAAGUGACCGUCGCAUGGCAGCCUCUCUCAUUCGCCUUCAUUUUCACGAUUGUUUCGUUCAGGGUUGUGAUGCAUCCAUAUUACUAGAAGUUGCCCCAAGUGAGAAGGAUGCAUUUAGGAACGGAGGUGUGAGGGGCUAUGAAGUUAUAGAUGAUGCAAAAGCUGCUGUCGAGAGCGUAUGUCCUGGCAUUGUUUCUUGUGCAGAUAUACUUGCUGUCGCUGCUCGUGAUGCUUCUGUAGAGGUGGGUGGUCCUUCAUGGUCAGUAAGGCUUGGAAGAAGAGAUUCUCUAACAACAAACCCAGAUGAAGCUAACAAUAUUCUUCCAUUAGGUAGUAUGGGUUUAGAUGUACUCAUUCCAAUCUUUGCUCAAAAGUCACUCAGCGUAAGAGACAUGGUUGCUCUUUCAGGGGCUCAUACAAUAGGGCAAGCAAGAUGCGUUACGUUUAGGGCAAGGAUAUACGCCAACGACUCAAACAUAGAUCCUGAAUUUGCUAGUAACCUUAGGACCAACUGUCCACAGACUGGAGGCGACGGGAACUUGGAGCGACUUGAUUUGGUGACACCAAAUACAUUUGACGUCAACUACUUCAGGAAUCUUUUGGAAAGAAGGGGUCUUCUAACAUCAGACCAGGCACUGUUUAAUGGAGAUUCAACUGAUAGCAUCGUACAAGAGUACGUCGACAACCCUGCUUUAUUUGAAUCUGAUUUUGCUGCAGCGAUGGUUAGGAUGGGAGACCUUGAUCCCCUUACCGGUGCUAAUGGGGAGAUAAGGACUCUUUGCACUGCUCUCAAUUAAGAAAGAAGAAGUGAUGUACGUAAUGAUCGAUGUAUAAUAAUAUUUCAACCACAAUAUAAGAAUUUUCUUCAUUUUAUUUAUUCUUAGAGUAAAUUAUGCAAAU